UGGCGCGCAUGACGGGGUCUCUCCACCACAAGCUGCUCCGGGAGCCUCGGGAACCUCGGGUGAGCUGCGAGGCGAGGCAGUCAGUCGCUCUCAGCUACGACAUGCAUAACGCAUGAGAGCCCGAGCGAGAUCUUUCUAACCCGUCUCUCCUCCGCCGUCACAUACACACAUAUACACAAUCACAUACACACUCACAUACAAUACAUACUCUCUCGCUCUCUUUUUCCCGUUUUUUCUCUCUCUUUUUCUCUCCUCCUCUCUCUCUCUCUCUUUCUCUUUUUUCCACUCUCUCACUCUCUCUGUGUCACUUACUCACCUACUCACUCGCUCGCUGUCUUUCGUUCUCUCUCCCCAGUUCUCACCCACACGUUCUCUCACGUUCACCACGUAUACCAUAUGUAUACACACACGUACACUCACGUAAAGAGAGGGACAUCCACCGCCAGGAGGAACACACACGCACAUCAUAUACCUACUCUACUCCCGCCGAGUCGAGUCUCUUCCGUUCCGCGAUUACCGUCGUACGUCCCUUUACGCCGAGCCGGUCGGUCGCUCGCUCGCUGCUCGGUCGUCGUCGGUCCGCGGUGGCUACCCCCGAGUGCAGUCGCGUCGUGCAUCGUCGUCGUCGUCAUCUGUACGCCUCCACCACGCCGGGGCCACGGAUACCACACCAGUGCGGAGUAAUCCUCGCAUCGUCGUAGAUAGCAUCGUCUUCGUCGUCACCGACAUCGUCGCCGUCGCCCUUGUCGCUCAAACGAGAUAGUGAUUAGUCCGACAAGUUCGAAUCCCCGACAGGGAUGAGUGAUCUCGGCUGAAUCGAUAUCGCCAUCGCGAGUGACGCGAGUCCCGUCCCGACUCGAUUCUACGGUCGGCCAGCACGGAGCCAACAAAGGAGUUCUCGUAUCGCGUGUGCUUCUCUGUGUGCAGGGGAACGAGUGACCGCGACAGGGUUAAGCGACGACGAAUCAGAAGGGACCACGUUCCCGGUAGUCGUUGAGUACGGUGGUACGGCUCCGUUGCGGGGAGCCACCCCGUCGGAGCGGAGACCUGGGAGAAGGUGCGCUUCUCGGCAUACUCCUCGGAUUCGCCCGGAUUUCUCGUCGCCUACGUGGUCUCCGUCAAUGUUACUGCGUUACCGCGGGUGCACGACACCCUCGAGAAACUAUGAACGAAGCCCCGUCAAGAUCGACGACCAGCUCCGUCUGGUACCUAGUGCGUUGUGGCGAACUGUGGAUGUGCCACAAGUGAUGAGUGAUUACUAGAGAGGACUGUCAUUCGAGCGAUCAUCCGCAUCAUCGUGAGGUGAUCAGACAGGUGCAACCGACGACUUGUCCAGUCCACCCGAAAUCGGGUCCUUGCAAAGUGAACGACUGUUCUCGCGUGAAUCCUCCGACGAAGAAAUCCCGCUCAACGAGAAUCUCCGAUUUCGCGUUUGGCAACUCGAACAACUCGGAGGAAGGACUCUCUCGACGGAGAGGCUGCAUACCCCGUGGGUGUCGUCCCAACGCGGGGUGGUCGCAUAGCGAGAGGGUUUCGCGGAACCUCUCUCGAGACGAAACGGGAAGUAGAUGGCCGCUACCACGUACAUGCCGGUUAGUAGCGCAGUGUCUACCGACCUGGAUGGUGGUUCAGGUACAACGAUCGGGAUGAACAUCGCCGUGGGUGGUUACGCCUCGGGCUCGCCGCGCAGCGCCGCCGACGCAGGCGAAAUGAAGUACAUGCCGGCGCCUCAGCAUCACCAUCACCAUCACCAUCAUCAUCAGGUGGCGUCUUCGCCGUCGCCCAACGGCCUCUCCCAUCCGGCGAGCCUCUCGUCGGCGAAUCCCUGGGUGAGCCUGCAGCCCGGCAAUGAUCCCUGGGCGGCCUCGAUGGGCAUGCACCAUGCUACCCACCAUCCUCAUCAUCAUCCCCAUCAGGCGAACGCGAGCCUGGACGUGAAGCCGCUGGCAGCCGCGGCGACCGCGACGGAUCAGGGGAUGCACCAUCGGGGCCCGCACCAGUCCCCGGGCAUGGCGUCGCCGCAUUCCUGGCACGCACCGGUCGUCCCGUCGGCACACUACAACCCUAGCGGUGGCGCGGCCUCGCCCACUACCCUCCAGCAGUAUCACGCGGCGAUGAACGGUAUGCUGCACCAGCACCCGCAUCAGCAUCCACAUCAGCUGCACAACCAUCAGGCCGGUCUGUCUCAUCACCUGAGGGACGCGCACAAUCAUAGUCCACCGUCGGGGCACCCACUGCACCCCGGCCACCACCUCGACAGGGAUCACAGCGCUGGCGAGGAGGACACGCCAACGUCGGACGACCUCGAGGCCUUCGCCAAGCAAUUCAAGCAAAGGCGCAUCAAGCUUGGCUUCACCCAGGCGGACGUCGGUCUCGCGCUCGGUACUCUCUACGGCAACGUCUUCUCACAGACGACAAUAUGCAGGUUCGAGGCUCUCCAGUUGAGCUUCAAGAAUAUGUGCAAGUUGAAGCCGCUGCUGCAGAAGUGGCUCGAGGAGGCGGACUCGACGACCGGCUCGCCGACGAGCAUCGAUAAGAUCGCCGCGCAGGGUCGGAAGCGCAAGAAGAGAACGUCGAUUGAGGUAUCGGUAAAGGGCGCGCUCGAGCAGCACUUCCACAAGCAGCCCAAGCCCUCGGCGCAAGAGAUUACCUCACUUGCUGACUCGUUGCAGCUCGAGAAGGAGGUGGUCAGGGUGUGGUUCUGCAACCGACGGCAGAAAGAGAAGAGGAUGACGCCGCCCAACACGCUCGGCGACGGUAUGAUAGAGGGUAUGCCACCGAGCCACCAGGGCCAGGGCGGCCUGCAUCAGGGUUAUCAUCCGCAGGACCACCUGCACGGCUCUCCCAUGGGCCACAGCCACAGUCCGCCGAUCCUCAGCCCUCAGGCGCUCACGACCCACUCGCUCGCGGCCCACUAGCGUUCGCCGGGGCCUCCCCCGUUGGGCCUCGCGAUAACCUCGCAGAACAGCUCGACAAACGCGUCGUCGACGGCGGAGACGACCAGCUUGCCGCCCUUCUAUCAUCACUAUCUUCAAGCGCGUACCGGCAGUUAUGGCACGACGUCGUAGCUGACCGACUCGCCGCGCCCUUUCUACCUGCCGACCGACGGCGGUGCUCGUUACCGAGACGAGGGUACGGAAUGGUGGCUUGGUCGACGAGGUUCAACGGGGUUUAACGAGGCCGAGACCGGUCCACCGGGGAGGCUGACGAGCUGACGCGUAUGGUCAGCCGAUUCUUACGCCGACCUUGACCGUGCGUACACGUGAGGAGAGGAGGAUACUAGCCGCUGCUCAGGAACUAGAAGAGAGGAUCAACGCGGGGAGACCGUCACGGCGUCCGUCGGCGGACGUUUCCCGUCCGCGUUGCGCUGGCGACAACUUCUUCGCUCAAGUCGCCGGAAGUGUCAUCCUCAUCAUCAUCAUCAUCGUCGUCGUCGUCGUCGUCAUCGUCAUCGUUGUUCCGGCGCGUUCCAGUUUCCACCAGGUGUCCGGGCGUGACAAGUGAAACGUCCUCAUCGUGUCUCUGCGACGCGACGCGACGCGACGCGCAAGAGGAGACCAGAGUGUCGUUCUCUCAUCGACGGCCGUGGUGGUGGUGACGUUUCUCCUUCGCGCAGUCAGAUCGGGGCCCGUUCGUCCGUUCGUAUUCGGGGUGUUCCGAGCUGGACCCUUGUUGGCUGUUUGCUGUUGUUGUUGUUGUUGUAUCGUCGUCGCCGGUGAGCCGGAAGUGCAAAGUUUGUUCGACGGUCUCCGACGGCAAUCCACCGAGACGGAUAGUUCGGAUAACGAGGGUGCGCGGACGGAUGGACCUGGGCGCGGGGGUGCGGCUGCGAAAGAACGUGCGGGUGUCUAAAUUUUUCCUCUCUCUCUCUCUCUCCCUUUUGAUCGCGGAGGGUAUCGAGUAUCGGACACGAGACGCGCGUUUCGCGAUCUGUCAGCGGUUGGCGCGAUUUUUGGCUCAUCCGCCGCGCGGAUGUCCGACAUUCGCGAAGAGCAACGAACGGACGAACGGGCAUGAAGGAACGAACGCAUGCACGCACGCACGCGAGCAAGGGGCGAGUGCUGUGUUCGCGCGGGUCUCGCACGGUGCGAACCCGGCGGAUGAUGUAACAUAAGUAAAUAUGGACUGUAAAUAAUGUACUAGAUAAAGCUAGUAAGUUAAGUGAGAGAGAAUACGGGAAUACGUCGUCUUCGUCGCCGCCGUCCUCGUCGUCCGAGGCGGCGAGCGGGAACGUUCCGAGGAAAAAAAAAACGUAGACGCGUGAGCUGGAAUAGACGGAGGAGGAAGGCGAUAGACGUGAACGGAGACGGAGGGAGAAGAACGGAGAAUAUGCAGCGCGACGACCUAAACCGAAAAAAAAGAGAGGGACAGUUUAUAUAUAUUAUAUAUAUAUAUAUAGAAAAAGGGACAGGGCGCACACACACGUCGAAGAGGGAGUGCGUGUCUGAAGCGCGCGUGCGAAAUCCUAGCGAGACGGCAAGACAGAAACCCCCUUCACGCGCGAAAAACCCCUUCUGUAUAAAGAUUUCCUGCCCUCGGAUUGCCGAUCGUCCCGCGGACCCAUUUUCGGACCCGGCGAGCACGACGAUGGACCGGCACACCAUCACCACCAGCUCGGGCUCGGCCAGCAGCCUCUGCCGGAUCCGUCAGCCGCGGGCCCCGAAGCAGCGUCCAGCCGUCAAGGCCCGUUGGGACGCGUCGCUCGUCGAUCGCGCGCAGUCAGGACACUCGGGCGGGCCCAGAUAUCGUCGGAUUUGAGCUUACAGAGCUGUCUCGCAACGUCCUCCUGCAAGCAAUCGUUCCAGAGUCCAGUCGCAACCAGGCAUCGUGUCUCAGUGUGGAAAAAAAAUAUUACAUAACUACAAUAUAGAAUUACGGUAUAAGUUGUGUUAAAAUCAAUGUUAAUCGCUGUAGCGAAGUGGGGUAUUAUAAUAAAUACAUUAUUUUAUGUAUA